CUAAUCCCAGUAAGGAGAAAGGUAGAUGGGAGAACUAUAUAAACAUUUACAAAAUGUACCAUUACACUGUGGUGCUGACUUAUCUAUACCAUCUACUGGAAAAAAAGUGACAGGAAGUAUUAAGGAGAUGACAGAUUAUACCAACAUCAUCACCACCCAAAAAGCUACUGGCACUGCUCACCAGAAACAAAGUCUCUGAGAAAAAAACUUCAAAUCUCCAAUCCAGAACAAAACUGAGAGACAUUUAUGACAGAACCUCUCUCAUCAGAGCCCAAAUAAAGUAGGUAUAGCCAGUUAAAAAUGCCCUUAAAAAGAAAAGCAAACCAGUUGCAACACCAGUUAAAACUUCCCCCUGUUGCCAAUUGCACGAGUCAGCUGGAGCUCACCACUUUCAGAGAGAAGCUGCUGCUGCAGCUUUCUAAUAAAAGGACCUGCACAUUUCUCCUCCCUGUCUUCACAGUGCUUUUGAGAACUAGCAGAACUUCUUAGCACAUAAAUGAACAGCUAAAACCCCUUUGCAAAUGAUGGCUGCAACUUCAGCUGAUUUACCAACCAUUGGUCUACACAAGGAAGGAUUCUGGAGUAACCAAACCAACCUGACCAUAAAUGCCUCAGAAAGUCACAAUGAUGCCAGCUGUUCCUUGGAUGACAACAACUCACUGUCACUUGCUUUGAUAGUUUUCUACUCCAUUAUUUUUGUUGUUGGAUUGGUUGGAAAUGUUAUAGCCCUGUUUGCUUUCCUGGGCAUUCACCAGAAGAGGAAUUCUAUCCAAGUUUACUUGCUAAAUGUUGCUGUUGCAGACCUCCUGCUCAUCUUCUGUCUUCCCUUCCGGAUACUCUAUCAUGCCACCAACCGCUGGAUGUUCGGGCGGAUUUUUUGCAAGGUUGUGGGAACUCUGUUUUACAUGAACAUGUACAUCAGCAUAGUACUGUUGGGACUAAUUAGUCUGGAUCGUUACAUAAAAAUAACGAAGUCUGUGAAGCGUCCAAAGAUGCUAACCACCACCCGGAGCGUGCAGAUCUGCUGCUCGGUGUGGGCCAUUGCACUGACAGGAUUUAUAGUGGUAGUUGCACCAUCUUUCUUUAAGACUGAGGACAGCAACUCGACCAAGUGCUUUCAUUACCGAAGCAAACAGAAUGCAGAGAAGACAGAAGCAAUUUUAAAUUAUAUCACUGUACUGAUUUUUUGGAUAGUUUUUUUCCUUUUGAUACUUUCAUAUGUUAAAAUCGCCAAGAACCUUCUGGAAAUUUCAAGGAGAAGGGCAAAUUUUCCCAAUGCAGGAAAAUAUACCAAGACAGCAAGAAAUUCCUUCAUUGUUCUCAUAAUUUUCACCAUCUGUUUUGUGCCUUAUCACAUGUUCCGGGUUGUCUACAUCACAUCACAGUUACAAACCCCAUCCUGUUAUUGGAUGAAGAUCAUUCACACGUGCAAUGAGGUGAUGCUCAUAUUUUCAUCAUUUAACAGCUGCCUAGAUCCAGUUAUGUACUUCCUAAUGUCCAGAAGUGUCCGCAAGACUGUAUUCCAACUGAUUUGCAGAAAACUGCAUCGAGACUCAAGCCUAAACCUGGAGAGCACUUCAGACAUAAAACUUGGCCAAUACGCUCAAGAGCGAUUAUCUACCACCACUCCUCACUCCAGCUACUCAAGGAAGAAGUCUGUGAUUUGAAUGUUUAAAUGGAUCUCUGUCACUUCAGGUCACCAAUUUCAGAUCACAAAAUCCUCUACUCUACAGCUACUAGUUCUGCCUCUUUCCUCCUGUUAAGAAAAAUGAGAAGUUGUACUUCUGGUUUGUGAAAAUGAGAAGUUACUUUUCAGAAGAAUUUUUUCGCUCUUGUUUAUCCAAGAAAACAAAUUAGGAAGUUCUCAGACAUUUUGUGUAGGACUAAACUAGAACACUAACUCUUUAGGGACAUUUCCACAAAGGGGUUUGAACCUGUAAAAGUAAACUUGUAUAUACACAUUAAUAUUAGUAGCUUGUGUAUGUAAAUAAUAGAGGAAUUUUGCAAAAAGUAAAUUCUGUCCUAUUUGAAAGAUCUAGAUACCAUUACAGAUUUUAUGUAUUUUAUGGUUUUCUCUGUGAUACCAUUACAGAUUUUACGUAUUUUAUGGUUUUCUCUGUUUAAACAGAUUUCCAAGAGGUCAGCAUUUUUACUACAUUUAUAAAUGCAUUUUAAAAGAAAAUAUUUGAGAAUUUAGCAACAUGUGUCUUAAAAAUGAAGAAUACAACAGCUGUCAAUUCAGUUUUAAGUACAGAAGACACUCUUAGUUUUAUUAAGCAGUAAAACUAAAAUAUUCCAUCCUACUAAGAGCCUUUUAUUUCCAACAUUUUAAUUAGUGUCAAGGUCAAACACCUGAGGAAAAGCAAGCAACGCUUUCAGAAAAUUCUAAAUAAAUGAAGGAGAGAUGAUGUGGGUAUUUCCUAAGAUUUCCUUCAAUGUGACAGAUUUGAUGACUGCACAAAGUAGUUCAGCAAGGAACAUUAACUCACAGAAUGGAGCAAAAAGAUCAGCCAGGCUCAGCCACUGGUCUGCUCCUAGAUUUCCAAAGCCACACAUUCCAGCUGCAUGCUUCCUCGCUAGCAGGAGACUUUUCCUUCCAUGUGAUUAAAAUAAUCUUGAUAAUUGCUGAUGCAUUGCUGUGAACAGCAAUGUAAUAACAACGUUUCAUAGCUACAGCUACAUUCUCAGAUACUAAAUAGCUUUUUAUGUAUUUAGGCACAAACAAAUUUCAAACUGUAAUAUUUCUCAAAAACCAGAGAGCGGAAGGUGGAGAAUGUCUGGCAUAAUGUCAAGAUGACUAAAGCAGCACAACCAUGAAAAAAUUAAAUGUCUGGCAUAACAGACCAGAAAGGUGAAAGGUAUAGAGGCUAGACAUCAAGCUCUGUAAAACAAGGAUUUAUUGUCUUUACACACACAAACAAUACUGCUCAAAUAAGUAGGUGUAAAGAAGUUGGUUUUAAUAUGACUAUCAGUAACUUCUUUAAUGGAGCAUGUGACUUUUAAUGCCAAAUCUGUGCCAAAAUGUGUGGGUUUUUACUAAUUCCAUACAAUAUUCUGAUUUGACAGAAGAUACUCAUAAUACUCUGAUUGAACAAAGUAAACAUAAGGCUUCACCUCAGCUAGAUAUAAACUUUGUUUAAUUUUGAUGUGAAUUUACGUAAUUCAGAUUUGAUGGAAUUGGAUAUAAACAUGUCAAACAAAUUACAAUGACUAGCCAGUCUGUUUUGUUUUCCUUUUUUUUUUUUUUAAUAAAAAAUUAGGGUGUUUCCUUAUCUUCAAAAGAAAGAUUCCCACAAAUGUGCAAUUUCAUAAAGAUAUGACGGUAACUGACUUUUUCUUAAACAUUUCAGCAUACAAAGGAGGUGUUUGUACAAUAAUUUCUGACUGAUUCUCAUAGAAAUUGCAUUUCAGGAUCUUUUAUCUAUCACUUUGCCAUCCUACUAUAUUAAAGCUUCCCUUGGUUUUGUAUUUGUCCAGUGAAAUAUUAUUAUGCAAAACUGUAGUUCUACAUAGUGACAUCAAUUCUGGUACAUCUAGUGGAGUUUAUAAACCAUAAUUUCACAAGAUUUUUGUGAAACAAGAUUUUGUUAUCUCAUAAUUCUUUCUUUUCUAUGUUUAUUCUGUGAGCAGUGGGUUGAUGAUACUGAACAGCAGGUUGGGGUGAGGGUGUGGGCUGGGAAACUCAGGAGAGGACAGACAUGAACAACAGCAGCUUGAACAAAAUGUGAUUUCUAAAAUUCUUUUGAAUGAAGUGCUAGACCAGAAUUUUCAUUUACAGGGUUUGUAAUUCAUGGACACAGCAGUAUUGCCAAAAGAAACUCAGAUCUCUUCAGAAGAUCAAGUAGUAGUACAGGAUUUUGAUACUGAAAAUCCAAAAUGCAUUAAAUUAAUCAACUCUCCAGCUCAGAAGUGAAAAUCUGAGAGGGAAAAGGUCUAUAAGAAAAUCUCUAAGAGCAGGCGUGGCACAGAAGAGUGGAACAGGAAUGACCACAUGAUCUUGACAAGGGCAGCAUUAAGGGAGCAGCAGUCAGAACAGAGACAACUACAGAAAGCAAUCAGAAAAUACUUUUGGAUUUCUACAACUCUAUAAAUCAAUGCUUCAAUAUGUUAAAGGCCAGAUGUAUCAAAUGGCUCAGACUGGAAUCUGAAACUAGACAGCACUGUCAUGUAGGAAGCAGCUACUACUGACCAAGAAACAAAAGAGGUAUAUUUACUCUUAAAAAAAAAAAUUUAAUCCUUACGUAUUUUUUCUGCAAUCAGUUUUCCCAAAUUUAAAGGGUAAAACACCAGGCCUUACAAGAAAAUAUUACUGAAGAACAGUCCAGAAACAUCUUGGGAAACGUUCUGAAAGUCCCAGUGUGACGUGUCAAAUGACCACAGAAUCAGUCACUCAAACAGUGUGUCUUAAUUCUCCUCUUCCCAGCGCUUCCUGAUUACCUGAGUCUUCAGGUGAAUUUUAACAUGAAGGUAAUUAUAUUCAUUUUGCUUUCUGUAUUUAAAGGCUAACUCAACACACAUCCCCGUAUAACGGCACGAACCUCAUUUUCCUCUUUACUCAAAUACUUGAAUUUCAGCUGGUGUACCAAAAUGUACCAGUGCUGUGCUGGUUUUGGCUGGCAUAGACUUCUUCACAAUGUGGGCUGUGGUUUGGGCUUGUGAACAAAACAGUGUUGACACCCAGGGAUGUUUCAGCCAUUGCUAAGCAGCCCUUGCACAACAAGCAGGACUUCACUGUCUCUCAGAAGACCCCAGCAGAGACAGGCUGGGGGUGCACAAGGACAUGGGAGGGGACACAGCAGGGACAGCUGGCCCCAGGGAUAUCCCAGAGCACAGGGUGCCAUGCUCAGCAAUGGAAGCCAAGAAGGAAGCCUGACUGUGUUGCUAUUUUUAGGAACUCACUGGGCACUGGGUAAGAUGGAGUUGCUUUUUAUCACUUGGGGGUUUUUUUUUGUUUUCUUUUUCUUUAAGCUUAUUAAACCCUUUCUCACAAACCAUGAAUUUCCACUUUUACCCUACUGGUUCUGCCUCCCAGCCCACUGGAGAGGAAGUAAGUGAAUGUGUGGGAUUUAGGAGCUUUCUGGGAUACACCACAACCACCUACUUCAGUAGAUACUGGCAGAUUUGAUCAGUGUGUCAGACAAAGCAGGAGGGAGCACCAGAAGGGGAGGUCUGUUCUGCAGCACAGCAGUCACAAGAACAGGAGGGGGAAGAGGCAAAAAUCAUAAGCAAGCUUUCUCACUUUUUCCCUUUUGAUUCUUCUCCCCAUCCCACUCAGGGGGAGUGACUGAGCAGCUGUGAGGGCUCAUCUGCCUACCAGGGUUAAACCACAACAUCAACUUCCAUUUUUGCACCGAAAUUAAAUGCAAUUAUGGUUUUAACUUGCAAACUGGUGUCUCUGAGGGCAGACAAAUAGCAAAAAUUACAAAAGAGGAGUGCAACUUACACCACUGAAAAACAAGUGAGAGUCACAUUAUUCCCAGAACUGGGAGGUUCACAUAUGGAAGCUUUAGUCUGAUGCUCUGACAGCACACAAGGCUGUGAGAGACAGUGUCAAAGCCUUGCUGAAGUCAAGGAAUUCCACCAGUGGGAAUUUUCUGGGUUUUGUGUUUUUAGGGCCAGAAAACAAGUUGUCUGCAUAUAAUGAUGAAAUGCAACAUAUGCUGCCUAUUGGCAAUGUAAAAUCUAGAACAUGUAUAAGAGUGAUCAUGGUCCGAGAAUAGAGAAAAUGUAAAUCAUUGAGGUGAAGGAUACACAUAAAAAUAAUUAUGAAGAACUUAAGAGUGAAUGGCAUAAAAAUGCAUGCAUUCCAUUUGAGUAUCUUCAAAUAUAUUUUAGAUAAGACACAUAAUUUGUAAGUUAGGUGAAUGGAAAUAAUCCACUAAAAAAAUAAGGAAGGUGCUUGUUACAGCUUAGAAUUAACUGUAAUUGUAUUCCUGGGACAGGUGGCAUUUUAAAAAACUUAAAAUACCCCAUUACUUUGCUACUGCUGCCAGUAUUCCACUCCAAAAUAAAGUCUGAUAGACUCUAGUUCACUACAACGAUCUAUUAUCAUACAAUAAUUCAGAAAAAAAUGUAGCAGUUACCUCUUCUUACAGCAUGAGUUAUUAUCAUUAAAUUAUAAAUACGACAGGCAACAGUCAGUAACCAACCAAAUAACACUAGCAAUUUAAAAAAAGCUGGUGACUGGAAUUGUUCACA